AACGCAAAAACACCAACACCCCUCUCCUCCCGCUUCACUCCGCUGGCCAUGGCGGAAACCCUCGUGGGCCUCCGUCUGGCCGCCUCCGCGGUUCCGCAUCCACGGGGCAACCGACGCCCCUGCGCCGCCGUGCCGGCCCACCACCGCCUCCCCCAGCUCCGGCGCGGCCGGCUCUGCGCCCGGGCGGCGGUCACGGGCGCGCCGGAGGUGGACGAGGACGAGGCCAUGAGCAUCGACAACCUCUGCAGCUUCUUCGACCUCAACGUCGGCAAGUGGAACGGCGUCUUCUACGUACCAAUUCGAUGCGCACGGGAGGGUGCAGCAGGAGAUCAGCACGCGCCUGUCCGCCAGCACCUACGGAGAGGGCGACCUCAUCAGCCUCAUGCAAUCGUAAUGCUUCGGUGUUACUAUGUUCACUUGUCUGCAUCUUCAGUCAAGCUGUAUAUCAAGCAGGCAUCGUCCGGGAUAACAUUUGCAGACGAGGAGGAUCCUGAACCGGAGUGGGCGGAGUACAAAAUCAAAGAGACCAACAUGUUCACUGUAGACAAAUAUCAGCAGAUUGGGUUCUUCCCUGACCAGAAGGCAUUUGCGUUGAGAUAUCAGACCGCUGGAAUGCUGGAGACUGUCCUUCGAGCCGGUGUGCUCGGAGAUGAUGAUACUGGUGAAGAGUCCCCCAAAAACUUGAAGCUUCCUUCUCGUAAACCAUCUAUUGUCUGUGAGAAUUGUAUUUACUCUCUUGAUGGCAAUGGCCGGGUAAGAGCUUUCCACAUAAUGGACCCUAAGGGGGUGCUCGAUACACUUAUUGUUUUUCAUGAAAAUCAAGGCACCGUAUUACCACUCGCCGACUCUUCAAGUAAUGAUCCUGAGAUUCCCAGCAACGAUAGGAUAAAUGCCCUGCUUGGAAGGUGGGAGGGCCAUUCUGUGACAAAGAGGAGUGGGGUGUAUGGAGCAACACUCGAUGAGGCUGAUACGGUUGUCCUUCUUGAAAUGGACAACAAUGGUCAGCUGAUUCAGGAUAAUAUAUCAACGAAAACCGGAACUAGCACGACAACAACGAUCCACUGGACAGGAGUAGCGAAUAACAACUUGCUUCAGUUUGAUGGAGGAUAUGAGAUUACUUUGCUACCUGGAGGGAUGUACAUGGGAUAUCCAUCAGACAUCAGCAAGUGCAUUGAGCAGUUAGAUCCUUUUAAUUUGGAGUUUUGUUGGAUGGAAUCGCCAGGAAAGAGGCAGCGGCUCGUGCGGACCUUCGACUCGGCUGGUCUGGCUGUGUCGUCGACCUACUUCAUAGAGACCAAAGUAUGAGUCAGUGAGUCAGAGCUAUUCUUUGUACAAAAUGUAAUGCACCAAUUCUGUGAGCUUUCAAGUAAUCUCACUGGCUAGUGCUGUUGUACAUUGUUCAAUACACUAUAGAUGAAUAUAUAUAUAUAUUGUUUCUAUGGUAAAUUUUUUUUGAAAAGUA